UGGUGGUGAGCUGAAAAGACGAGACUUUAAAAAAUGAGUUUUUGAGAAGAUAUCUGUAACGAUAUUAUCCAAACCCAAGUUCUCUUUUUUAUUUUUUUUGGGUUUUGUAAAAAUAAGCCAAAGCCAAAACAGAAAGGUGUGAGCUUUUAAGAAGCAGAGAGAGAGAGAGAGAGGCUUUAUGUUUUGAUGAGAAGAAGGAAAGGGAGAGACAUGCACAAAUCUAAGCUUAGAAGAACAAUUCCACUUGUUAUUUCUCUUUCAGUCUAUCGAAUCCGAUAGGUAUUUCUUAUCUUCUUUCCCUUUGUUCUUGGCUUUUUGUUCUUCUGGUGUUCUUUUUCUCUUUUGUUUCAUCUAGUACUUAUUCUCCAUAUCUUUUUGAACAGAUUACAUGCUAAGUUUCCUUUUUUAAAUAACAUUUAUUAGAUUUAGUUUGCUGGGAAAGUUUUUGUUGUGUCUAUAAGGUUAUAGGCCUUGAAUAUGCUUGGAUUUGAAGCCUGGGAUGGUCACUGACGUGUGAACACACUAAAAAUAGCAGAAAAGAUUUCCUCUUAGCAUUUAUAAAUUUUUUUUGGGCUCCUCUCCUAAGUCAGGACAUUUUGAACAGUAGUUUACCGCAAUGCAAAACUGGCAUGAAAAGGAUUCUUCCAUAAGUUCUCAUUCGACUGGCACAUAUGUUGUUGGCUGCUCAUCUUGGGGCAAUUCAACUGAAUCCCGUGUCCAGCAAUCAUCCAUGUCUGAAAGUUUAAGCCUGAAGAUGGGAGUUCUGCCUCAGCACUUUCAUAACACCAAGCAGCUAGGCUUUCAAUUUCAAGACCAGGACUCAUCAUCAACUCAAUCAACUGGUCAAUCUUACCCUGAAGUGGCUAGUGCUGGAGUCGGCAAUCUUUAUGGGCAAAGUUUAAUUUCAGCAUCAUCAGGAGGUAAUGGAACUCAUGGGAAGCUUGGUGGAGGUUAUGCUAAAUUAGCCUUCACAAUGGGAACUCAGGACAAUGCCUUCCCUUCUUCGCAAGUUGACUAUAGCAAAUCAAUUGCUCAUGUUCCUCUCCAUUUUGCUGAACCAUAUUUUGGCAGUGUGAUGGGAGCCGCUUACCCACCUCAAGCUAUGCAGAUUCAUCAUGCUCAUAUGAUGGGUAUCCUUCCUGCUCGUGUUCCACUGCCUCUGGAUCUUACAGAAGAUGAACCUGUUUAUGUUAAUGCAAAGCAGUAUCAUGCUAUUCUCAGGCGAAGAGAGUAUCGAGCGAAACUUGAGGCUCAGAACAAAGUCAUCAAAAUUCGAAAGCCGUAUCUGCAUGAGUCUCGACAUCUUCAUGCUUUAAAAAGAGCUAGAGGAAAUGGGGGGCGAUUUCUCAACACAAAGAAGCUCCAGGAAUCCAAGCAUAUUCCAACAAGCCAUGAUCUGGACGUGUCCAGGUCUCCUCCUCAGCUGCAUUUGUCUGCAAACAUCUCCAAAUCAGAAGUUCAUCAGCUGGAAAAUUACAAAGGUGCUGCUUCCACUACAUCUUGUUCUGAUGUCACAAGUGCCUCCUACAAUGAUGAAAGGUUUCAGCAGCCUGAUUUCAGGUUCUCUGUCUAUCCUUCUCACAUUGGUGGAGCCAUGGUAGGUCAUGCUGGCGUUAUGCAUGGUGGUGGGAACCUCCAUCAUCUUUCUGGUCUCUGCUGAUGGACGAGUUGACAAAUUCUCAUCGGAGCAGUCCGUAUUGGGUGCUUCAAUGGAAAAUGCGACUGCUUUGUUAACGUGGGAAGUCAUCCUUGGCUCUGUUUAGUUUGCUGUUUAGUUCACUUCACCUGUGAUCACAGACUGUUUCAAACCAUGGACAUGGGAGUUAUUUCUUGCCAGCACUUGUAACUUCCGACGUUUUACUGUCUAUCUUUUCGUUCAAGAGUUUUGGUGAAUUGUUGAUUGACGUUAUUUAAAAUAAAUGCAUGCCUUGGCAUACAUUCCAGU